GCCGUCCCAUGGUUGUCCGGUUUGAACAAGUGAAGGUCCACCCAUUUGUCUCAUGCUGCGAGUAGGGCAAUGCCUCUUGCCUCUCAGCCGUAGUUACUGUCGCUGUGUUCACACAACCAGGUUGGUGAAGGAAGAUCCAAGAUGGCCAGGAUGGAACGUAGUUGUCGGGAUUGAAGUCCAUGCACAAAUCAAGUCCAGACAGAAGCUGUUCUCGCAUGCACUAACGUCCGAUUUAAGUGAACCUCCAAAUACCCAUGUGGUGUCCUUCGAUGCGGCCUUUCCGGGUACCCUUCCGAGAUUGAAUCCGAAAUGUGUCGAGCUGGGCGUAAGGACAGCCAUUGCGCUGAACUGUCAAGUGCAGCGCCGGUCUGCAUUCGACCGGAAACAUUAUUUCUAUCCAGACUUGCCUUCUGGAUACCAGAUCACCCAACAUUAUGCUCCUCUUGCCACUGACGGUACGCUUCGUCUGAGCGAAGAAGAUGCUGUGGUACGCAUCAAGCAAAUCCAGCUCGAACAGGAUACUGGUAAAACUACGUUCGACCCCCGUAGACGGAUUUCCACUAUUGAUCUGAACAGAGCGGGUACUGGUUUGAUGGAAAUCGUAUCAGAGCCAGACCUUCGGUCGCCAGAAGAGGCAGGUGAAUAUGUCAGAGCCCUUCAAGCACUUCUGCGCUCUGUGGGCUCCAGUGACGGUAACAUGGAACAGGGCUCUUUGCGCUGCGACGUCAACGUGUCGGUGAACAGGCAGCACGAGUCACUAGGUACUCGCUGCGAAAUCAAGAACCUGAACAGUGUGAAAUUCAUGAUGGUUGCGAUCACGUGCGAGGCUUUCAGACAAAUCGAACUACUAGAGAAAGGCCUUCCCGUCAUUCAAGAAACUAGAGGUUUCGAUGAAGCUAGUGCAGCGACGUUUUCACUCCGUAACAAAGAAGAUGCCCCGGAUUACAGAUACAUGCCCGAUCCCAACCUGCCACCUUUACUGCUUGAUCAGACGUAUAUCAAUACCAUUCGCCAAUCUAUGCCCGAACUACCACAAGAAACACGAUCCCGUCUUUUGGCUCAAGGACUCUCGGAACGAGAUGCGGAUGUUCUUAUGGCAAUAGACAUGGGCAGGGAAGUUGGUUAUGAUGGUGUUCUUGGUCAUGGUGCAGUGGCGUACUUCGAUACCGUCUCACGUGGACGAGAUCCCAAGGUAGUGGUAAAUUGGAUUACGCAUGAAUUACUUGGUCAGUUAGCUUUGCGAAAGGAGACUUUCAAGGAGAAUCGAUUCUCCACUGAACAGUUAGGCGAGUUGAUUGAUCUCGUACAAAGCAAGAGAAUUACUGGGACGUCUGGUCGAAUGCUUCUGCGACAUAUCUUGACUCACGGAUCCUCCGAAAUGCCAUCCAAACUCGCUGAAAAGAUGUCACUGUUCGUCUCUGCGUCUGACAGCACGUCCCUAGAAACGUGGUGCAAGGAAGUUAUUGAAGCUCUUCCGGAGGAAGCUCAGGCUGUUCGCAAUGGAAAUAUGAACGUCUUGAAUAAGCUGGUGGGACGGGUGAUGAAGACGAGUAAGGGUAGGGCUGAUGCAAAGGCAGUCCGUAAUGCUCUGCAAGAUUUACUUUCAACAAAAAUGUAAUAUACCACACUCUGUUUCUUAAAUCUACACGCAUUGUGACCUUUCUUAU